UAUCCGAUAGUUUACUUCAUGAUAAAUAUGCUGUCUUGUUCAUUAUCAAAGAAUUAUUAAACCGUUAUCAUAAUAUUUGUAAAUUGGACUUUUUCACUGAUGGGCCUUCAUCACAAUUUAAAAACUUUUAUGUCAUGACAGCCAUGAAUAAUUUGUACAAAUUAUCAUCUGAUCUUCUUGAGAUUCGUUGGUCAUUUUUUGCAACAUCACACGGAAAGGGGGCAGUUGAUGGGAUAGGUGGAGAAAUAAAAAGAAUGGUUUGGACAACAGUAAAAUCUGGAAAACGAUAUUGUCGCAGUUUAGAAGAUUUUGUGAGCAUUGCAAGUGAAAAAAAUACCAAAAUUAAUAUCAUCUCUAUUACAAAUGAGUGUAUUACCGCAAAACAAAGUGAGAUCGAUGAGACGCUUCUCAAAGAUAAGUUUAAAGUCAAAGGUAUUCGUCGCCACUACUCUUUUCUUUUUAAUAUUGAUGGUACUUACAUGGCAAUUUGUAACCAAUCAGAAAUGGUAAAAUAUGUUAAGAAUUCAUCAUCUUCAUUAUUGAUAAACGCGGUAUCAUCCCCGUCUGAAAGGUACAAGUUUGAUACUAUUUCUCCAGGUAUAUUUGUCUUUGUAGAAUUGCGUUCUGAUGGUAGAGCAAAGACAUAUCUUGCCAAAGUAUUAGAAAUUUUAGAUAAUAUGGCACAUAUUAAAUUCCUAAAAGAACAAAACGAACUUAUUUUUAUAUACCCUUCUGUAGAAGACCUCUCCUGGCAUGACUUGUGUGAGUUAAAACCGUUAGUACCACAACCACACUUUGAUAACCGUGGACAUAUUAUUGUCGAGCCGAAGUGUUAGCACUAAA